AUGGCGGGCAAAACACAAUCCAGGCUGGGCCAGGCUUGCCAGGAGUGCCAGGAGUGCCAGGCAAACGAUUCCCCGGCAGAGAUGCCGGCGUGCUGUGCUCAAAUGCACGUCCCGGGGGAGGGCUCGUCUGUGGGUGGAAAUUUGGAUAAAUGGGGAGGCACUUUCUAUCUGAAACAGCGAUUGGGUGGCCUGGCAGGACAAGACUCGGACCUGCCUUCCUCUCCAGACUCCGGGACGGCGUCUCAUUCGGUCCUCGCCCUCCUUGCCGCGACAGCCGCCCUCCUCAUCACUCCCACCCUCGCCGCACCGGUCGAGUCUGCCAACAACUCGGCGGGCAAGAGCAGCUCCCAGGCCAACACGGCUGCCAACUAUGGCACGCCGCAGUGCAAGUCGGCCAUGAUGACCGACCUGUGCAUCUCGGACAACGCGAAGGCGUACUGCGACGUGACCGGGUUCCACAACGAAUUCAUGAAGAGCUGCGAGGGCAAUUGCUUCUGUGCCUAG